AUGGAUUCUCUCAAUAGUAAAGAUGAUAAGUUUACAACCAUGACUGACAGUGCUUAAUUGAAAUCAUUUAUCUUAAAUAAAAAUAUCAAUAUCAAAGAAAAGUCUAAAUUUGUGAAGAUUAUUCCUCAAAAUUUACUUAAAAUCUCAUCAAUUCAUCAACUUAAAAAAUAAUUAACGCUGACUUUACCAACUGAUAGAUCAAGCAAUUUGUCUAGGGAAAACGAAUAAUUUAAUGAUAAGUUUUUGGUAGAGAAUAUAGAAAAAAAAUAGUAAUAACUUAAGCAUAAGACCUCUCGAUUUAAAAAUCUUUUAAAUGGGAGAAGAAUUAAAACAUCUGGAGAUCAUUUUUAGGAUUAUAAAGAUGAAUAUAAAAAGGUUGUGGAAGCUGGUUAUAAUGAAAUAGAAGAGAAUUUCCAAUUGUAAAUUAUUAUAAAUACCUAUAUAUUAGUUGCUAAGCUUCCUUGCAUGAAUAAAGAUAAAAUUUAAUGAAUGCUGAAAUAGAGUUACAAGAAAACCAAAAAGAACUAGAGUUGCUUUAAGAUCAAAUUAGUACCUUAAAAGAAGCAAUUUUUUUAACUAAAGGUUAAAGUAAAAAGUCAUUGAAUGACAUUUUGUUUAGAAAUCGAUUAAGAUAAAACAAGGAAAGAAAAUUGACUUAAGAAUUAUUAGAAUUUGUCAAUCAUCUUUCUAUUUAAUAUGAUUAUCACAUUUCUUCUUUGAAGGAAUAUUUAUAAAGUUUCAAAACAGAAUUGAGCGAAAUAUUAAUUGAAAAUGAAUACACAGAGAAAUCUUGA